AUGACAUCUAUACCAGGCAGUGAUUUUGAUUGUCUGUUUGCUUUGCUUGUUGUUGAAGUCUCGCUUAGUCUAGUUAUUGGCCAAAAUCUAAUAUGGAAUGAUGAACAAACCCGGUUGUACCUUGAACUUCGACUUGAAGAGAAUCUAAAAGGCAAUAUAAGAAACCACAUAGUGAAUGAAGUUGGGAAACAAACGAUUAUAUCCAAGUUCUAUGAUGCAUUUGGAGAGAAGCAUACUUGGAUAAAAUUUAGGAACAAGUUUAAUACUUGUAAGAAGCAAUACUCAGGUUUCAAGAAAUUAACUCAUAGAACUGGAAUGAGCUAUCAUCCCAAUGGGUCCAUAGACAUGAGUGAUGAUUGGUGGGAUGAGCGUUAUAAGGAGUGGCCUGGAGCUAGAAAGAUAAAGGAUACACCAGUGCCAAACGCUGAUUUAAUGGAACAAAUGUUAGGGUCAAUUCAUAUAACUGGAGCCGAGGGUUGGAGUGCUCAACAGGGUGAAAGCCAUUUAGACAACAACAUGAUGUUAGAUGACGAUGAGGCUGCAUCUGAAUCAAGACAAGAACAUGAUGCUCCCGCAGCUUCCAAUGCUCCCGCAGCUUCCAAUGUACCAAAGUAUACUCGGAAAAGACGCGCAGGACAAGAAGUGGCAGAUGUGAUAAGGGAUAAUAUUCAAUCACGUGAUGAGAUACUUUCCUACAAGAAUCAACUCAUGGAAAGUCACCCUAACUAUAGUUGUAGUCAGCUUAGGGCUAUGAGGGUUUUAAAUUCGUUGUCUAGUAUAAGAAUGUGGUCUCCAUUGUUCAAAGCAGCUAUGAAACAUCUCAAGAAAGACACUACCAACCGUCAAACUUUCAUAAGCUUUGAAGAUGAUGAGAACAAAGUUCUUUACUUGGAGUUUGAGACUGGUGAAAGAAGAGACUGGUGA